AUGGCGGUAGAUACAGCGGAACUGUCUCCCGUUAGAGAUUGGCUUGAUGACAUUGUCCAUCUAGACCGUGACCCUCGAACCGCCCAGUGGUGGUCAACAGGAUACAUAGCUGUGCCCGCUACGCUAAUUCUGUACAGUAUCGCUGCAACAGCUGUUCCGUUGGUGAUGGGUAACCACAAGAAGCGCCUGCCUAUUUCAGCGUUGGUUUUACCCUAUAAUGCGUUAAUGUGUGUCUCCCACGCCUUGGCGGCAGCACUCCUUUUUAAUGCGUAUCAAGGCUCCGGGAGAUCAUUUGUGUGCCAGCAUCGAUCUUUUGAGACGAGCUCGGCUUCGUCAUCAAUUCUCAACCUGAUGUGGCUUUACCUUGUGCUCAAGAUGCUGUCCAUGUUUGAUGCUCUUAUCCUCCUUUCAUACCUAAAAGAGAAGCGUGUGACGAACGCCGUCGUUCUUAACGGAUUUUUCAGCGUUUCGACAGUUUGGUGGUUCUUGCGCUAUGGUGCCGAUGGACAUGGAGUGCCAGGAGUUGUGAUCUUGUGCCUCGUCGAUGCCCUUACCUAUGCAUAUUAUCUAUGUUCAAUGCUUGGUCCUAGAGUGAAGUCAGUGGUACGACCUCUUCGCGUGCAUGUGUCACGUAUCCAGCUAAUCGGAACGGCUGCAGCCUGGGCCCAUUACUUUAUCGCGCUGAUCGCUGAGUGCGCAAAUCCCGGUGUUCUAAUCUUAGUAGGUUUUGCCUUUGUCGGCCUAAGGUUCCUUCGCCUAUUUGACUUUUACACGGAAAAGUUUGUCCUGAAUGGCAUGCGGCUUGGUUUUGACUGGAGUAUCAUAGCGGGCAUGCUUGAAAAUUGCUGCUUCGCACAAGGAAACCCAAACGGCCAAAACGACGACGAUGAUAACGACUAUGUAACGAAUACCGGCCCCCAGGUUACCUCAGGCUUUCGAAACGGAUACAGUGGGCCUAUCCACAAGCCGAAAAGAGGUUAA